AUGGAUAGCCUAGCGGUUUCGUCGAUAACCCCCCUCCAGAAGUUCUUGUCAGACGAAGCUCGUUCUGUGGAACAUCUGUUCCUGGAAUGGACAUCUUUGGAUGGGAAUAUUGAAGGACUGAGUUUGAGUGGUCUUCACCGACUACAAUCCCUUCACCUCAGUUUUCCGGAUCGUUCAGAGUCAUGUCAAACGAUUGCACACAUCGUCUGUUCCAUGCGGUGUGCUGGCACGCUUCGCUCUGUAAUUUUGCUGUGGAGGCAAGACGGUCAUCCUCCAUACCUGCGCCCCGCAGGCUGGCAUAGGAUAGAUGCGACCUUGGCUGAUACUGAGCGGUUUGGCGGGUUGCGAGAGGUGGUUGUCAGGCCUAGAAUGAUGCCAUUUCUCCCUGAAUGUGCAGUAAAGCAGAUCCUUCGCCCUGCGGAGACGAAAUUUCCACUGAAAACGAGAUGGAUAGCAUUGCGGUCAUCCGCAUAUCCACAAGUCUGA